CGUGUUGCGGAUGCUCAAAAUCGAAAAUCGUCGCGUUUAAAAGUUAGGCGCGUAAUCAAAGUGGAAAAUAAAGAAAACAUACUGGAAAGUAUUGAAAAACAUACAGGACGUUUUACAAAAUAUUUGUGAAAAGUGCAUUUUCCGAGGACUGGAAAACAUUCAGAAAUUCAAUUCCAAGUGAAGUUAAUUCGAAAACCAAACCUAAAUUGGUAAAAAGUGUGGUACUAUUACAAUCAAAAGUAAAACAGGAUUUAAAGCGUGAUUUUAUUAAAGUGGAAAACUGGCAUCGCAAAAGUGAAGAGUGUUAAUUCGACGAUUACCAAAGACAUGUUGUCCCAAAGUGUGCAGCCCAACUAAAGCGCGGAUACAACCGACUGAAACAGGACCUCUGAAUCCGCCAUCUCAAUCCGAAUCGCAUUCCCCUAGCGGAUUAUAGCCACCAGACAUGGAGGACGAACUGCGCUGUCCCACGUGCAAGCAGCUGUACGCCAAUCCGGUGCUGCUGCCCUGCUUCCACGCCCUCUGUCUGGGCUGUGCCCUGGACAUCCAGACGCCCUACAGUCCGGGCUCCGCUCUUCCGGGCGCUGUCAACGGUGCGGGGGCAGCCUCGGCGGCGGGACACAAUGGGCUGCAUGGCACUGGAGGCGGUGCCGGCGGAGGAGCAGCUGCUGCGGGCACAAAUCCCAAUGGACCCGGCACGCGGCACAGCUCCCACAGCUCCGCUGCGAGCACGGCGAGCUCGAAUACGGGCAGCGAGAGCGUCACCUCCGACCAGGAUCAGUCGGACAAGGUGAGCAUCUUCAGCGAGGCGGACUCGGGCGUGGUCUGCUGCUCGAACACAUCGCGUCCGGUGUCCUAUGUCGGCACAGGACUGCUGCCCGGUGUGGGCAAUGUGGUGGCACCGCCCGGCGCCGCCUACUGCCUCACCUGUCCGCUGUGCCGCAAGCUCGUCUUCUUCGACGACGGGGGCGUUAGGAAUCUGCCCACCUAUCGCGCCAUGGAGGCCAUCGUGGAUCGCUUCUGCGCCCGCGAGGCGCUCCGCUGCCAGAUGUGCGAGACGGAUCCCAAGGUCGCCUCCCUGAUCUGCGAGCAGUGCGAGAUCCGCUACUGCGACGCCUGCCGCGAGCUCACCCACCCCGCCCGCGGACCGCUGGCCAAGCACACGCUGGUCAAGCCACGUGGCGCCGCCCAGCAGCGGGAGUCCGUCUGCGGGGAGCACGAGGAGACCCUCUCCCAGUACUGCCUCAGCUGCAAGGCGCCCGCCUGCGGCCUCUGCAUCGGGGAGCUGCGCCACCAGGCCCACGACGUCCAGUCCAUCAACGUCACCUGCAAGGCUCAAAAGACGGAGCUCUCGCACAAUCUGCAACAAUUGUCGGAGAAGGCACGUUCCACGACCGAGUUCAUUCAGCGGCUCAAAGGCAUGAGCGACAAAGUCACGGAAUCCUGCAUGGAGUUCGAGCGCCUCGUCCACGCCCAGUGCGAGGCCCUCAUCCAGGCCAUCCACGACAGACGCGAGUAUCUGCUGGAGGCCAUUCGCAUGGACAAGGACACCAAGAUCAGGAUACUCAAGGACCAACAGUCGAAUUGCACUGGCAAGUUGCAGCAAACCACAGGACUCAUUCAGUUCUGCAUUGAAGCUCUCAAAGAGACUGACAGCGCCGCCUUUCUUCAGGUGGGCUCCAUGCUCAUCAAUCGAGUGACCAACACGGACAUGACCUGGCACCAGGAGGUCACCAAUGCCGCCCCUCGCGUCUCCCCCAUUGUGGACUUGACCCUGGACGAUGCUGCUCUGGCACGUGCCAUUGAUAACUUGAACUUUAUCCAGAUGAGAGCCGUCAAAGAUGGAGAUGAAAGAUGUCCGGCAGCACCCAUGACACCAACUAUACUGCCAUCGGAUUGCUCGGCCGAGAAUAAUUCGGUUACCGUUGCGUGGCAGCCACCGAAUCACUCCUUUGUCGAAGGAUAUGUCCUGGAAUUGGAUGAUGGCAGCGGCGGCGAAUUUAGGGAAGUCUACUGCGGCAAGGAAACAAUUUGCACCGUGGACGGACUGCACUUCAACUCGAUGUACAAUGCCCGGGUGAAGGCCUUCAAUUCCGCCGGAGAGGGUGAAUACUCGGAGCUGAUUGGACUGCAGACUGCCGAAGUGGCCUGGUUCACGUUUGAUCCCGUUCUGAGCGGCGGAGCCGGCUCGGGCUUAAUCUUCAGCAAAAACAACGCCACCGUGAGCGUCGAGGGCUGGGAGCACCGUGUGGCCCUCGGCUCCGUGGGAUUCUCCCGCGGCGUCCACUACUGGGAGUUCACCAUCGACAACUAUACGGCGGACACGGAUCCCGCCUUCGGAGUGGCCCGCAUCGACGUGGCUCGCAACAAAAUGCUGGGCAAGGACGAGAAGUCAUUCGCCAUGUACAUCGACCGCCAGCGCUCCUGGUUUCAGCACAACUCCGUACACGAGCGGCGAGUCGAGGGCGGCAUCACCACGGGCAGCACGAUCGGAGUGCUCCUGGAUCUGGAGAGGCACACGCUGAGCUUCCUGGUCAACGAGAUGCCGCAGGGAUCGGUGGCGUUCCGGGAUCUCUACGGCGUCUUCUAUCCGGCAGUGAGCAUCAACAGGGGCGUCACACUGACCAUGCACACGGCCAUGGAUGCGCCCAAGAUGGACUACUUCUAGAGGGGAUCGGGUGGUAGCAAAUUGUGUACAUAGCGCUUGACAUUUGGCAGUUAUCGGUGUCUAUAUAGCAUUACCUUACCUUAAUUAAUACGAACAGUUUACUCAAACAGCUUACAUAUAUGGGUGUAUGGGUGUAUGUGUACGUGUAGUUUUUGGGCAAAGUUCAGCGACAUAUCUGCAUUUAAUCGUAUCUCUAUUCGUAGUUCUAGGCACUGUUUGUAAAACGCUGCGCCAAAUCGGAGAGGAAUUAUUACAAAUAAUUGAAAGCAUUUAAAGGUAUCUCGAUGUAAAAUACAAUAACAAAACUCUCAAUGUUUUUCAACACAACAAAAUAGAGCCAAAAAUCAAGCACCGUGCAACAAAAAACCAUACAAUAUAAUACAAUCGCGAACACCAAAAAAAAAACAAAUCUAAUUUAAACGCAAGCGAAUAAAAACUAAGGUAAAAUCCAAUUAGCAAUUAGUGUAGCUAAAAAUAUGCAUCUGUAUGUCAUCACACGUACGUGUGUACGUGUGUUAAGGUUAAUGUUUAUGGCUAACACAAAUGCAUUUGUUUGAGGCUAAAAUGAAAUCAAAAUCAACGUGUUUCGGGGGAGUUUUUAUUUUAAAGACUGAAAAGAACAUGUUUUUUUUAUACAAGUACAGGUA